AUAAUACGUGGGAGUGACGCUUGUUUUGUUCAAACGAAUCUUGCACUGUACUCACCAUGUCACAAAGCUCAUGGAGGGAGGUUGUCGACCCUGAGACAAGAAAGGUGAUGUUUGUAAAUAUUGAAACGGGAGAAUGCGCUUGGAAGCUACCUGAAGGCGAAACAUCCAUAGUCAGCUCUUCCAGUGACUGGUGGGAAUUCAUUGACGAAAAGUCAAAACGUCACUAUUACUACCAGUGGGAAAGUGGCAAAUGUCAGUGGCGAAGACCCAAACAUGGAAAUAUUGUAUUUAUGGCAAAACUGCAGGAUCAAUCAUUUUCCAAGACUGAUGAAGACAUCCAAGCAAGUGGCAAAACACAGAAGAAACCACUACCACCAAAACCAAAACCCUACUUCAGUUCCGCAUCCAAAAAUCCAAAGAAUGCUUCUGGUACUGUUGGAGUACAAUCACUAUCAGUUGUAAGUUUUGUUCUCACAUAA